CGAUAUAAAUCACACGUAGUGCAUCCCAUAUCGGAUAGUCUUCGCUUUAUUCAACGCAGAUUCGCCAAGUGAAGUCCACUGUUUCGAAUGUUUAUUGUUUUCUGGAUGUGUAAUAGUGAAUCCAUAUUUUGUCACAGUCAUGAAACGGUGUAGAAAUUCCUUCGGAUUGCCCUUAAACAGCAUUAAAUACUGCUGUGAAGAACUCUCAGCACUUUGCUUGUACCAAUCGCGGCUCCCCUCACACCGACAGCGCUAUUAUACCCAAUAUUCCAUCUAGGAUAUAUUGUCACGUAUCAUCAUCCAUGGUAGUUGUUCUUGGGACACCUGGUUGUGCCUUAUUAAAAACCCACGUUCGACUACAUUGACACUCGUUAAACAAUUUUUGGCUUUAACCAUCGAAAGAGAAGAGUCACAGCAUACAUCGUUGUUAAUGACAUUUAACAAGAAAGUAUAUAUACUUUUAGAAAGUAACUUCGAAAUGCAACCCUGGCGUGCAGCGUUUAACUCCGUUAUUUGACACUGACCCGUUUUGACAUUUCAGCACUAAUAAAAAACUGCAACAAUUGUUUGCUAUUCUUCCGUCUUUCUUCAAUAAAAAUGAAAAUAAAUAAAUAAAGAGUGAAAACAUUAAAGUUUUAAAGACGACAAAGUAUUUAACAGCAUUGAGGGGUGUAGAAUGGAAACAGAUGAUUUGUCGCAUUUAACCGAAGAGUACAGACUGGAUAACACAGAUUUGGAUAGCAUAAUGACGAAUGAAAUUUUUCAACACAAUUUAUAUCUGGACGAUCAAGAAGUAGAUGAAAAUGAGCCCGAUGAUGUUAUCAUUCUGCAUAUGGACAUACGCGAGCCAUUGCGGACAUUGCAAAAGCUGGCUGAAAAGAAGAUUGGCAUGAAUUUGAAAGGUUACAAAUUCUUUCUUCAAGAUACACAAGAGCUGGAACCUCAUAAAAAUCUUGUUGACCAAUGCGUGAAAGGUGAAGGAUUGGUACAAAUAAAUGUACAAAUACAAACCGCAGAGCAGCACAUAAACAUUGUUGAUGUGCUAAAACCAACGGAGGCGGCGUUGGCUGCUUUAGCCGCUGAAGAAGCAAACAACAAAAAUGGUGAUAAGAACGAGGACUCCGAAGAAAAACCUUGCCUGAACUGGGUUUUAGACAAUAAAUUUAAGAAAGAGCAAAUUCGUCUUAAAAUACCAGAAGAUCCUAAUGAGUGGACAACUGUACAGGUGAAACACUGGUUUCAAUGGGCUGUAAGGCAAUUUGAAUUGAGUGGCGUUAGCUUGAAUGAUUGGACCAUGACGGGAAAAGAGCUUUGUUCACUAACACAUGAAGAGUUUCGUCGAAAGUUACCCAAAGAUCCGGGUAAUGUGUUCUGGACACAUUUGCAAUUGCUUAAAGAAUGCAAAUUUGUCUCCGUUGUACAUAAAGUGGCUGAAGAUCGUGGCACAACCGGUACGACUGGUACGAAACCAAGUACCACUGCUAGUGGUGUAAUAACGGCACCAACAAAAGAAUUAAAAAUAAUGCGCAAAACAAGCGUAAGCGCCACAAAAACCUACUGUAAGAAAUCACCGAUAGUACCUACGGAUGGUUCACCAACACACACCGUACUAAACAACAACAACAACACCGGCGGUAAUAGUGGCAUCGGCAAUAACUAUGGUGUUGGCUCCGGCAACAAUGGGCAAGUACAACUGUGGCAAUUUCUGCUCGAAAUUUUAACUGAUCGUGAACAUCGCAACAUCAUACAAUGGGUUGGCACCGAUGGCGAAUUCAAGCUCAUCGAUCCGGAGUGCGUGGCACGUCUGUGGGGUAUUAAGAAGAAUAAACCGGCAAUGAAUUAUGAAAAGUUAUCACGUGCCUUGCGCUAUUACUACGAUGGUGAUAUGAUAUCGAAAGUGUCGGGCAAACGGUUCGCUUAUAAGUUUGAUUGUGAUUUGAAGCUGUUGAUUGGCUAUGAUGCCGGUGAACUGGCACAAUUGGUCAGUGAGAAAACCUUUUUAGACGAGUCGAUGUUUUUGAAACAUGAAUCAUUGCAAGAUCACUUAAAACAAUUGACAGACGAUGGGUGACAUGGACAACAUGGCGCAUAUGCCGAAUUUAAAGUGAAAACAGAACCGGUUUGCACAUUAGAAAUAGAGCCGUACCUCGAAUAUGAGGAUGAAGAUGAAGAGGAUAAUUAAUUAAUGAAUUGCGUUUUGAUUUCUCAUUUACGUUUUUACUGCGACAAAAUAUUUUUUUAUUUACAUUAUUGAUAUACCACAACAUAUGGCGUUAAAACAACAAAUGAAAAAUAUAAUUUCAGCACAUUAUUUAACUUAUAAAAAGCAAACGUUAUUUUAUUUGUGAUUUUUAUUUUUUAAUAUUUUCUUUUUUUUUUACCCUAAACAGGGUAUUAUAACACCCAGUAGAAAAAGUCAGAGACCCUACAAAGUAUAUAAAUAUAUGUAUGUAUAUGAUCAGCGUGACGAGUUGAGUCGAUUGAGUCAUUAUAUCUGUCUGCCCGUCCGUCUGUCUGUAUAUACGUGAACUAGUCCCUCAGUUUUUUAAAUAUAGAUCUGAAAUUUUGCACAUUUGCUUUUCUCCUCAAGAAGCUGAUCAUUUGUUGGAAUCUUCGGUACCAGGCCACUAUAGCAUAUACACCGAAGUGCACCGGUGAAGGGUAUUAUAGCUUCGGUAGAGCCGAAGUUAACGUUUUUUAUUUACCUUUUGUUUUUCUUCGCAACCAAAAGCGUGCUGUCGCUUUCGCAAAUAUUUAGUCAAAAAUCAUAAAGGAUUUGUUUUUAAAAUUUUUUUUUCAAAUUAAUUUAUUUAAAUAUAUUUUAAAUUCAGCUUAACAAAACUUAAGUUUAAGUUGAUUAUGUUUUUAUUUUCGUGGUUUUUUUUAUAUUUUUUUUAUUGACUAGUUCAUUUUUAUAUUUUCACAUUUUUCAACUUAUACGUAAAAUAAGGCAACUCAGUUUAUAUUAUUGUAUUAUGUACACAUAAAUCUAUCACUAUUCGCAAACAUUUACUAUAAACUAGGAAUGUUUUUCUCAGCUUUCCAGCUCGUGGAAGCAAAGUAUGUGUGUGCACAGUCGCUGCUUGGCGGUAACUGGGCGGCGAUUUUUAUUUUUUAUUUGUUCGUUGGUGCUUUCUUUUAAUUAUAACUUUACCGUUAUUAAUUUUAAUUAUUUUUUGACAAACUACUCUAUAAAACAGACAAUAGAUCCAUGCUUGUGCAAUAACUUUGUGCGUUUUACAUGAUUGCAUACUGGUAUAAAUAUGUAUUUGUGACAUUUAGUGAAUUGUAAAAAUUGUUUGUAAAUAUUUGUGGUUAAAAAGUGUAUGUGUAUACUUAGCAUGUACACAAUGUAUUCUGUAGAUUUUAAGCAUAUAAUCGUUUAUACAAAAAAAAUAAUACUUUUCAAUUAAAAUUAUAUUUUAUAAUAUAAAUUAAAGUAUAUACGCUAAUCCAUUUAAAAUAAUUAAAACAAAACUAACACAAUAGCAUAUGAGAAACGAAACAAACAAAACACACAGCAGACAUUAUAACUCAGUCGUGAUUUCGUCCUGCGGUCGAAAGCCCAAUUUGUAGAAUUCGUCUUCCAGCCAUAACGAACUCGCAUUGAGAUCCGAUAUCAGAUUGCCACUCUUGAGCGUGUUGAAACUGCUGCCGAAGGGAUCGGACGGGCGUGGCUCCUCAAAUUCAUGCAAGCUGAUGAGCGAGCCGAACAUGUGCAACUUUUGUUGACCCGAGCCCGCCAACAUGCUCUGCCUAUAGACGUUAUUCUUCUGUGGGAAGAACGUUGCAUCGAAGUCAUCGCUAAUGCCAACACUGCUGCUGCCACGACCGCCACCGGAGGGCUGAAAGAAAUCAAUCAAAUGACCUACUUGCGGCUUGUAACGCUCUAAUGCUUGUUCGGACCAUGUGUACAAACGAUUCCAGUCGUGCGGCGCCGCCGGUAUCAAUUCGAUUGGACGAUUCAGCAGUAUCAGUAUUUUGGCAAGAUCGCGUACUAUCGGUCGAUAGGAAUUAGCUGCGCCCACCUCGCCCGACAAAUACAGCUUGCGUAUUUGACGUCGCGUAUCGUUGAGCAUCGCUAGGAAAUAUUCUGCAUUCGGUCGCAUUUCGUUGAGUUGUCGCAGAAAAUCGGAACGAUCCAUAAUAUUCUCGUUGAUCAGUUUCUGUUUGAUCGAUUUACGUCUACGUCGACGUCGCAUCAACAUCAUCGCGACAGCUAAUAGCGUGAGACAAACCACAAAUCCCCCGAUUAGUCCUGCAAUAGCGGCCAUGAGCGGACCCGAAUAACCGGUGGAAACGCAGACGCGUCCCAUAAAUUCGGUAUGUGCCGACCAUUGGUCGAUGUAACCGGAAGGACAUAGCUCUACACACUGACGUGUGUCGGUCAUUAGAUAGGCGGGACAUUUGAUGCAACCCUCGCUGUUGCAGCGCAAACAAUGUGAACUCGUUGUGGGUGGACAACCUGCAAGGAAAGACAAACAUCAUAUUAGUUUCGUUAAUUAAAUAAUAACCAUUUAAUUUUACUGUUACUGUGUAACUUGUUACGUGCGUAUAAAAAA